AUGUCCCACCGAAAUUUGACCGAACUAUUUCACAUGCUGCGAAACAAUGCUGUGCACAACCGGAACGUUGGCUAUGAAAAUCAUUCGGACAACGAAAAUCUACUCGAGCCAGCCGGGAAAUCUGGCGAGCAACCGCGAUGGAUCGGAAAAUACGAUGAAGCGAACUAUUUGCUGUUCAAGAUUCAGGAACGUAUUAACGAGGUAAAAAAGCUUCAAACGGCUGAAGUUCGUUCGGUACUGAGUGAUGAAAACUCCACGAGUAGUAGCACGACUGAAAGCUACAUGAUGGAAAUAAAGCAGCUGAUUUGCAGGUGUCACGAUAACAUCAACUCUUUACGCCGAUUGGAUAAUGGACUGGAAGAAAUCCUGUUAAGAAACAUACAGAAGCACUGUUUGAUUAUGUUGCAGGGCUUAACGGAGCAGUACCGACAACUGCAGGCACACAAAACUGCCCGUACGCUUAAAGCCAAUGAGUCGAGUUUGUCGGGAGUUGGUCCAAGUGGCAUGGGUGGCAGCAAUAGCAGUAGUAACAGCAACAGCACCAUCCUUCGCAACACCUCCUCCAAUCCGGUCGACACGUUCGAUAACUUUCUGCAGAUGGAAUCGGAUGGGCGCGGUGCCGGGUACGACGAUGACGGUGACGAUCAGCAGCUGUUGGAUGAUUUCUUUCAGCUGCCCGCGACUGGGCUCACCAUCAACCAGAAGCAAAUAAUGCUGAUACAGGCGGAUAACACAAAGCAGCUGAAAAGCCGGGAGGACGAGGUGCUGCGCAUGACGAACUCGAUUACCGACCUGAACGUCAUCUUUAAGGACAUUUCGAAGCUGAUACAGGAGCAGGGCACGAUACUGGACCGCAUCGACUACAAUAUCGAAUCGGCCCAGGUGCGCGUUAGCGAUGGGUUGCGCCAGCUGCAAAAAUCCGAAUCGUACCAGCGCAAGAAUCGGAAAAUGCAUUGCAUAAUGCUGCUCGCGUUUGCAAUUAUGUUUAUGAUAAUAUUGAUCAUUUUUACCAAACUAUAA